AUGGGAGAGCCUUCCACAGAGGAGCCCUUCCCUGGGCCCCAGCAUUCGGCCUUGCUCCUGCAGGAAACUGGCAUGGUGGAGCAGGGGCCUGGGCCCCUCCAGGUGUUGAGGGCUGCAGCUCCCACCGCGGGCCCAGCACCACAAGGCCAGGGGUGCCAGGGCCGCUGGCGGGAGUUGCAGCCUGACAUACCUGGAGGCCCCCAGCUUCUUCCAGCUCUUGGGGGAGUGCGUGGGGGGGGGAGGCUUGGCCAGACCCUUGAAGCGGUGCUUCAGCCGGGCCAAGAGGCUGUCGGACUGUUGCUGGCGGGACUCGACGAGACGGUGGCAGGGAGAGGCCCCGCUUGGCUACUGGUCCCAGCAGGGCAAGGAGCCAGAUGUGGGGCGGAGGCCUGUGCCAGGUGGGGCAGGAGCGCCCGGGAGGGCGUCGUCGUCGCAGGUCCGGCUCCUCCCCGCGGGGAUCUGCGCUGGGCUAGCGGCCCACGGAGGAGGAAGAGGAGGAGAUGCCUGGACGUUGCCGCCGCCGCCCCGAGGCCACCCAUGGAUCCCUCCCAGGAGGAGCAGCCCCGACGGGGCGCCCGCCUGCUGCUGCUGGGCGCGUUGCUGGCGCAGUGUCUUGCUGACCACACAGUGACUGUUCCAGAAACGUUGCUCUUUGUGUCGACCCUCGAUGGGAGCCUCCAUGCCGUCAGCAAGAAGACGGGGGACAUCAAGUGGACCCUCAAGGACGAUCCGCCCCUGCAGGUGCCGAAUUAUGUGGCCGAGCCAGCAUUUCUUCCAGACCCGAAUGACGGCAGCUUGUACGUCCUGGGGGGCAGGAACAAGGAAGGCCUGAUGAAGCUGCCUUUCACCAUCCCAGAGCUGGUGCAGUCUUCUCCUUGCCGAAGCUCCGAUGGGAUUCUCUACACAGGGAAAAAAGAGGACAUGUGGUUUGUUGUGGAUCCGAUGUCUGGGCAGAAGCAGACCAUGAUGUCCACUGAGGCGUGGGAUGGGCUGUGCCCCACAACUCCGUUGCUCUUCAUUGGACGCACCCAGUACAUCGUCACUAUGUAUGACACCAAGUCCCGUAAGCUGCGCUGGAAUGCCACCUACCUAGAGUACUCGGUCCCAUUUUACCACCAGAGCAACGAUUACAAAAUGGCCCACUUUGCCUCGAGUGGAGAUGGUCUGCUGGUGACUGUGAGCAAGGAGACUGGAGGGGUGCUGUGGAUGCAAGACUAUGGCUCCCCUGUGGUUGGCGUCUACACCUGGCACCAGGACAGCCUGCGGAGGGCGCCGCAUCUCAACAUUGCCGUGGACAGUCUGCGCUACCUUGUCCUGCGCUCCCAGGACAGCCUCUUCAUCAACUGGAACUACCAGUCCACAAAAGACUUCACCGCCAAGACUCGGUUGCUGCCAACACUGUAUGUGGGCAAAUAUGCUGCAGGUUUCUACGCCUUGACAUCCUUAGUGCAUGAGGGCACGGCUCUUGUGCCUCAGGGCUUGACACUGGCACGGAGCAGUGGCCCCACCACAGAAGACGUGACGCUGCAGAAGGCCGGCGAGUGUGAGAUCAUGCCAAGCACAAACGUCAAAUAUCCCCAGGGCAGCGUCACCAUUCCCCACAGCCAGUGGCUGCUAAUAGGGCACCACGAGCUGCCACCUGUGGUGCACACAACCAUGCUGCGGGCGUUUCCCGAGGCACUGCGGAGGAGCACAGAGACUCUCGUGGCCCCCAGCUCCGCUGCCAGGACCCUCUUUGAUGAUUUCCUGGCCUCCCACAACCUCGGGGAGCAUCCUCCUGAGGAGGGCCAGUAUGAUGCAGGCCCCCCCUUGGAGAUGGAAAAGAUGGAGGUGUACCCAGAGUUUGGCAUCUGGCAUCUGGCAGCAACUGGAGCCGCUACUGUGUUUCUGGGCGGGGGGAUCCUCUGCCUCGUCCUCUGGCAAAUGCAGCAGCAGCAGAACCGAGAGCACCGGCGGCAGCAGUACCUGGAGGCGAGAGUGCAGCUCCUGCAGCAGCAGCAGCAGCAGCAGCAGCAAGGGGCUGGACGGCCCCCUCCUGACCGCGGCUCUGGGGAGCCCCUCCCAGCAGCAGUCUCCGGGGCUUCACCAGGAGCAACUCCUGAGAGUUCCAUGAAGGCGGAGCAGAGUUCGGGACCCUCCUCUUCUUCUGGAUUGACUGAUUGGGUGUCCCGCCAAAGCUCUCUUGUGAAAGGUGGCACUGGCCACGGUUCUGAUGCAGAAACCGUCCGCGUGGGGAAAAUCUCCUUCAACCCCAAGGAUGUCCUGGGCCGUGGGGCAGGGGGGACCUUUGUGUUCAGGGGCCACUUUGAAGGGCGCAAGGUGGCCGUGAAGCGGCUGCUUCCAGAGUGCAUCCAUCUGGCGGAUCGCGAGGUGCAGCUCCUGCGCGAGUCGGACGAACACCCCAACGUGGUGCGCUACUUCUGCACGGAGAUGGACCGGCAGUUCCGCUACAUCGCCAUUGAGCUGUGCGCUGCCACGCUGCAGGAGUAUGUGGAGAGCCCCACUUUCGACCGGCAAAGUCUGGAUUCCGUCUCGCUGCUGCAUCAAACCAUGUCUGGUUUGGUUCAUUUGCACUCCCUCAACAUCGUCCACCGUGACCUGAAGCCCUGCAACAUCCUGAUCUCGGCCCCCAACAGCCACGGGCAGAUGCGCGCCGUCAUCUCAGACUUUGGCCUGUGCAAGAAGCUGCAGAGGGGGCGACGCAGCUUCAGCCUCCACUCGGGUAUUCCUGGCACGGAGGGAUGGAUUGCGCCAGAGGUGCUGAGAGAGGACCCCAAGCAGAACCCUACAUGCACGGUGGACAUCUUCUCAGCAGGCUGCAUCUUUUACUAUGUUGUGUCCAGCGGGCAGCAUCCCUUUGGAGAUGGCUUUCACCGCCAGGCCAACAUCCUCACUGGGGCCUAUCGCCUGGAGCAAUUUCAGCAGGAGACGCAUGACAAUGUCAUUGGACGGGAAUUGAUCGAAGCCAUGAUCAGCAGUGACCCCCGCACGCGCCCCUCAGCCACACAGGUCCUCAUGCACCCUUUUUUCUGGAGUCAUGAGAAGCAGCUGCAGUUCUUCCAGGAUGUCAGCGACCGCAUUGAGAAGGAGCCAGCGGAUGGAGCCAUUGUUAGUGCGCUAGAGGCUGGAGGUCGCGCAGUGGUGAGAGGCAACUGGCGGGCACAUAUCUCCAUCCCCCUGCAGACAGACCUCAGGAAGUUCCGGACGUACAAAGGCAACUCAGUGCGUGAUCUCCUGCGGGCCAUGAGGAAUAAGAAACAUCAUUACCGUGAACUGCCCAGCAGCGUGCAGGAGACCCUCGGCGCCUCCCCACGGGAGUUUGUCCAGUACUUCACCCUCCGCUUCCCUCGCCUGCUGCUGCACACCCACCAGGCCAUGAGCCCGUGCGCCAGCGAGAGGCCACUGCAAGCAUAUUACUACCCAGCGCCAUGAAGCUCCUGAGGCCAAACAAGGCCCACACAGGCAUGAGUGGCAGGAAUUCAUCAGGACAGAGGAGAGAACAACCAGUUCUGGGCCGCCGUCCUCCUUGUGGUUGAGCAGACGUUUCUGCUGUUGGGGCAUGCAGGUGCAUCGUUGCGUGUGCACCAGAACGUUUUCUGGGGGCCAUUUGGAGUCUACUCUACCCCAGGAAAAUCCAGUGCUGCAGAGAGACUCCAGGAUUCCCCCGAACGCACUGUGGAAGUUCUCUCUAGAGGGCAAAGCUCCUUCCGAGGGCAGAAUAGGGAGCAAAGACGCUGCCGUAUUCUGAGCCAGUAGGCCAUUUAGCUGAUUAUUGACUACACCGACUGGCAGGAGCUCUCCAGGACUGCAGGCUGGGGUCCUUCUUAGCCCUGCCUGGAGAUGCCACCAAUGGGGGCUCCUUCAGGGCUCCCCAUGAGCACUUAGGCUAGUGGAAGGUCAGGUGCCGCUUUUUAGACAGGACUGCUUUGCCUUCCGUGGGACAGCUGAAGUCCAUUUGUGCAAAAAUGGACGGGGUCCAUCCUGACGCUCGCUCUCUCUCUCUCCCUCUGCCCGCCCCCAGUGCAGCUGGUGUGCUCUCCAGAGCUGGCGCAAUGCCACCUUUUGUUGGGGUGAAGCCCACCCAUCCCCUCCGACAAAGGCCCAUUUGUCCUGGGUGGAAUGCAGAGGGUGGCAUGGCUUGUCCCAGAAGGCCAGGGGAACGGACUGGGGAUGUUGUGGCUGACAUGAUUUAAGUCCUGUAACAGUAUGGCCUGGGUGGAUAUGGGAGCAGGCAUCUGGGUUUGUUGCUGGCCUCCUACAGAAGUGCUUUCAGGAAAUUCAGCUCAUGGAAUCCAUUAACAGACAAGGGUCGAUGAUGCCAUCAGCCAGCAAGUGGCUCUGUCACCCUGAGUACCUCCAGGGCCCCUCCACCUCGACCUCUCACGGGGACCACUUGAUAAAACGGUUGAGCAUAACUGUUUGUGCAAGAUAUUGCAGUGGCAUUUUAUCCUAGCAAAUGGCAAUUGUUGUACUAUGACGGUAGGCACGUAGUAUGUCUUGCUGGCUCUUUAAAUGGCU